AUGGCGGGAACUAUUCGACAUCUAUCCACUUAUCAUCAUGAGCCACACGAAACUUCUGCAAAUACGUUGAUAGCCGAGAUCAACGUGCAACUGGCGCUGUUCCGCGACCUGCUCAUCCACAUCGGCCAGCCACCUGAUUGCCCUGAGCUGCGUGAGCGCGUACGGCGUCUUCGGCGCGCCUGCGUCGAAGCCACUAAGCAAACCAGCCAACUAGUACUGCCUACCUGCAAGAAGGCUAAUAGUGACAGUAGUGCAGAGCAACCACAGUUGGUAUUGUUGUACUUCAUGUCCCAACUGUUGCUGCGGGAGCUAGCCAAAUGUCACCGGCUUGUCCAGCUUGUGCCAAUGGAUAUGACUUCGUACUAUGAGAAUCGCGCCGGUCCGUCAAACUUUGGAAACGUUAUAAGUCAAAUAUUACUAUGUAAACAAAUUACACCGGACUUCAACCAAGAAGAAUUGUGCAGCAUUGCAAAGGACACACAAGACAUCAAUAGAAUAGUAAAUGAUAUCCAGGAGUACCUGCCACAGCACGAGAACCUCAAUCAUUUAGAGACCAAUAUGGCGCUGAAAGGCGAUGACGUAAAUGGAUUGUGGCGAAAUAAGCGAAGAGGAUCUCUUUACAAAGGAAUGGGAGUACUUUGCUGUAUGUCGAGACCGAACUACCUC